AAACCACAAAACAUAAACAUUUUAUUAAAACAAAAAAAUAGAGAAUAUGGCACUACAUGGAGUUUCUUCUGGGAGCCUUGAAAUUAAGUCUCCGGCGGACAAAUUCUUUAGAGCUUUCACCAAAGACAUAAGUAGCACUUUCAGAGGAAUAGCGGAUGAUAAGAUGGAGUCGAUGGAUCCGAAGAAGAGAACAAUGACAGUGAAAAUGAGUGGUUGUCUAAUCUCGAAAAGCUACAAGACGGUCAAAGCAACCGUCACGGUCACUCCAAAUCGAAACGGGAACGGUAGCAACGUGGUGUGGUCCGUCGAGUUCGAGAAGCUUCGCAUUGGCAUCGACGAUCCACAUUCCAUCAUCGACGCUAUUAGCAACGCUCUUACCAAUUACUUAAUGGAGACCGAUGGAAAUCUUCUUCAUUAAGCUUUUCUAAAUCACAAGGUGGUUUUUUAAUCGGCUAAUAUAACAAUAUAAUAAUGAAAUGGAACCUAUAUAUACAUAUAAAUGAAAUUGAACCUAUAUAUAUAUAUAUAAAUGAAAUUGAACUUAUAUAUAUAGUUCUACGUUUAUUGCAGUGUCUUUUAUAUUAUGUUUGUCAUUUUGGGGUGUAUAAGGCUUUCAAGAUGAAUAAUAUUAUAUGGAUUUCAUAUUAUUGUUGGACCGAUGAUUAUAACAAUUAUUAUGCAACUCAUU